AUGGCCGACCAAUGCGAUGGUUUGCAAGGCUUCCUCUUCACCCACUCUUUGGGUGGUGGUACCGGUUCUGGUUUGGGCUCUUUGCUCUUGGAACAAUUGUCCAUUGACUAUGGCAAGAAGUCUAAAUUGGAGUUUGCUGUGUACCCAGCGCCACAAGUGUCGACCUCUGUGGUGGAGCCAUACAACACUGUCUUGACCACCCACACCACAUUGGAACACGCCGACUGUACAUUUAUGGUCGACAACGAGGCCAUUUACGAUAUGUGCCGCAGAAAUUUGGGCAUUGCCAGACCCAACUUCGACUCCUUGAACAGCUUGAUCGCUCAGGUCGUCUCUUCUGUCACGGCAUCGUUGAGAUUCGAUGGCUCCUUGAACGUGGACUUGAACGAAUUCCAAACCAACUUGGUUCCAUACCCAAGAAUCCACUUCCCCUUGGUUUCGUAUGCUCCAGUAUUCUCUAAAGUGAGAGCCAACCACGAAUCUAACUCUGUUUCUGAGAUUACUGCCUCCUGUUUUGAACCAGGUAACCAGUUGGUCAAGUGUGAUCCAAGAUUGGGCAAGUACAUGGCUACUUGUUUGUUGUACCGAGGCGAUGUUGUCACCAGAGACGUGCAAGACUCCGUGGCCCAAAUCAAGGCUAAGAAAACCGUGCAGUUGGUGGACUGGUGUCCAACCGGUUUCAAGAUUGGUAUCUGUUACCAGCCUCCUACUGCUAUCCAGGGAUCUGAGCUUGCCUCUGCCAAGAGAGCCGUGUGCAUGCUUUCCAACACCACUGCCAUUGCUGAAGCCUGGAAGAGAAUUGACAAGAAGUUCGACUUGAUGUACUCCAAGAGAGCGUUCGUGCACUGGUAUGUGGGCGAAGGUAUGGAAGAAGGAGAGUUCACUGAAGCCAGAGAGGACUUGGCCGCUUUGGAGAGAGAUUACGAAGAGGUCGGCACCGACUCUUUCCCUGAAGAAGAGGAAGAGUACUAG